AGGAAAAGGUAACCGGGGAGAGACCCGCCUAGUCCCUGCUGUGCCCAGGUGGCACCGGGACAAAGUCCCAGGUGUGCCUGCAUUUUAUGGCCCUGUUUACACCUGGCAUCCGUCCCAGGCUCGCCUGAAGGUCCAAAGGUCCCAGCUUUUCAGGCGGCUGUGGAGCUCUUCUCCGGCUGGUGGGGCUGCUUGUGAUCCCGGAUUCAGACUUCCCUUGGGAUCUGGUUCCCGUCCUACCUGUUGGCUUCUCCUCCCUCCCUCUCGGGCUCCAUUUUGUCCGGUGCUUUACGGACGGUCCAGGUUAAGUAGUCCAGGGGGGUUUUUUUGCUGGCCCGGCUAAUUUUCCCGUCGUAAAGAUCCACCGGCCAUUCAAAGGGCGAGGAGAUCCGGCCGAGAGGCGACCCAGGAGAGCAGCCGAUCCAGCUCCCAACGGGGAUCCUUGAUCCCUCCGUCCAGAAGAGGACCCCAUAGAGAGCGAGACAGCCUCUCCUUUGGCUCAUCCUGUUUCGCCUUUCACGCAGCAACCCCCGAGAUUGGCGCUGUGCGACUUGUCCGGAAAUGGCUGGAAGCCUCCGAGGGCCUGAUCCGAGGAUCGUCCUGGUGGGCAGGACCAGAAGUGGGAAAAGCGCGACGGGAAACACCAUCCUGGGAAGCAACGUCUUUGAGUCUAGGUGGUGUUAUAGGUCACCAACAAAGACUUGCCAAAGGAAGGAGAGCCUGUGGAAUGGCCGGAAGGUGGUGGUGGUGGAUACGCCGGGCUUUUUCGACCCUGGGGUUCCAGAGUCCCAAACUGUGACGGAGCUCGUGAAGUCUAUGAAGUUUUGCACCCCGGGUCCCCACGCUAUUCUGUGCGUCCUGCGUCCUGGCUGUUGGACGCAGGAGGAGAAGGAGAGGCUUCAGCUGGUCAAAGAGGUGUUCGGUCGCAAAGGCAAGAAUUACCUGAUCCUGUUGUUCACCCACAAGGAGGACCUGCAAGGGGAGACGCUGGAGGAAUUCAUAGCCCAGAGAGACGUCGCGCUUCGGGAACUGGUGGCCUACUGUGGGCACCGCUGCCUGGCCUUCAACAACAAGGCCGAAGGAGAAGAACGGGAGGCUCAGGUGGCCGAACUGAUGCGGAUGAUCGAUCAGCUCGUGUACAAGAACGGGGAUGCGACUUGCUACCUGGAGGUCUUGCUGAGGGCGGACAUAAAGCACUUCAAAGAAACGCGUGGCCUCUCCUCGUGUUCUCUCCUCUAACGGACGCCGAAAAGCUUCUCUCGUCGAUCCGAAGGCCACAACCCUGCAUUUCCCCCCCUUUUAAGUUGUAAUCCAGCCCUCGGCAGGAGAAUCAAUCAAGCUAUUUUCCAAAGCGCCCGAAGGCACGACAAGAAGCAACGGGUGGAAACCAAGCAAGGAGAGAAGCAACCUAGAACUAAGGAGAAACUUCCUGACCGCGAGAACGAUUAACCAGUGGAAC